ACCUUUCAUUCUCCCUAAUCCUCCGAGGGUGGCUUGGCGGUUAUUCCUUCCUGAUCCCAGCAAGGCUGCACGGGGUUGGCAAGAGGUCGUGCGGCGUUAGCCCAUCGCCAAAGGGGGGUCGGGAGCGGCUGUUCCUCUGGUCCGGAGGGGCGCUUGUCAACAUGCUGGGGGUCCUGACGAUCACAGUUGGACAGAGAGAGUCUGAAGAUGUGAAUGAAAGAGACUCCGAGAGAGAGAUGGCUUCUGGCUCAGCGGUUGUUCAAGACGUCACAAAGGAUGGGCAGGAGGAGAUGCCGGAAGUAAUCGAACAGGUUCCUUCUUCAGAAAGCAAUUUAGAAGAGCUAAUACAACCUACUGAGUCCCAGUCUAAUGAUGUUGGAUUUAAGAAGGUGUUUAAGUUUGUCGGCUUCAAAUUCACUGUAAGAAAGGAUAAGACCGAGAAGUCUGACACGGUCCAACUACUCACUGUCAAGAAAGACGAAGGCGAAGGCACGGGGGCAUCAGAUGGGGCCGGCGACCACCAGGAGCCCAGCCGAGAGACCGGAGAAGCAACAGCCAAAGAAAGUGAACUAAAACAAUCCACAGAGAAACCCGAAGAAACCCUUAAACAUGAGCCAAGCACCACAGACGUUUCUCUUCAGGCGGAGUCUGGGCAAGUGGCAGAGGAAGGCAAAGAUGUGGAAGAAAAACAAAAAGAACCCACCAAAUCUCUAGACUCUCCGACCAGUCCAGUGGCCAGUGAAACCGCGUCACCCUUCAAAAAAUUCUUCACUCAAGGCUGGGCUGGCUGGAGAAAAAAGACCAGUUUCAGGAAGCCCAAGGAGGAGGAACCAGAAGCUUCAGAGAAGAAAAAGGACCAAGAGCCAGAAAAGGCAGACACGGAAGAACAGGACAAGGCAGAAGAGACCUCCGAGAAAGGGGCUGCUUCCGAAGGGCCACGCCCCCAGGACACCACCGACAGUGUUCGCCAUGCCCGACUGUCUGCCGAGUAUGAAAAAGUGGAGCUGCCCUCCGACGGUGAAGUGCCGGAGGCUCCCGAAGAGAAACCCGCCCCUUUAGCAACAGAAGUGUUCGAUGACAAAGUGGAGAAUGACAAAGUGGAGACCGUCGCUGAAGUCCAUGUCAGCAUGACCGAGAAGGUGGCGGAGGAGCGGAAGGCUGAGGUAGAAAAGGUCGAAGUAGCAGAGGCCCUUCCGCCUGAAACGGUGGCAGAAACCCAGGCGGAAGUUGAGCCGGCCGAGCCCGCCCAGGAGCCGGUGAAGGCCCCGGAAGUGGGUGCCCCUGGGGGAGACCACGCCCCGCCCACCGACCUGAGCCCUGAGGAGAAGGCGCCCUCAUCACAGCCCGAGGGUCUCGUGAGCGAGGCGGAUGUGCUGUCCUCACAGGAGAGGCUGAAGGUACAAGGAAGCCCUUUAAAGAAACUUUUUACCAGCACCGGCCUCAAAAAGCUUUCCGGCAAGAAGCAGAAAGGGAAACGAGGAGGAGAUGAGGAGUGCGGGGAACCGCAUCACGCCGCCCCAGAGUCUCCGGAUAGUGCCGAUGAGCAGAAGGGCGAGAGCUCUGCCUCAUCCCCUGAGGAACCGGAGGAGAUCACGUGUCUAGAGAAAGGUGUGGGUGACGCACACCCAGAUGGGGAAGGCGAGGAAGGAGCUGUUUCUGACGGGGAGAAGAAGAGAGAAGGCGUCACUCCCUGGGCAUCUUUCAAAAAGAUGGUGACGCCCAAGAAGCGUGUUAGAAGGCUUUCUGAAAGUGAUAAGGAAGAUGAGCUGGAGAAAGUGAAGAGCGCUACCUUGUCUUCCACGGAGAGCGCAGCCUCGGAGGUGCAAGAGGAAGGCAGAGGAAGUGGAGAGGAGCAGAAGCCCGAGGAACCGAAGCGCCGAGUUGAUACUUCGGUGUCUUGGGAAGCUUUAAUUUGUGUGGGAUCGUCCAAGAAAAGGGCAAGGAAAGCAUCAUCUUCUGAUGAUGAAGCGGGACCAAAAACAGUGGCAGGAGACAGCCAGAGGCCAGAUGACAAAGAAACAGGACCAGAUUCUGCGCUUGCUAGUUCCCAAGAACAUGAUCAAGGGCCAGGAAGCUCCUCACCAGAGCAAGCUGGCAGUCCCUCUGAAGGGGAGGGAGUUUCCACGUGGGAGUCAUUUAAAAGAUUAGUUACUCCUCGGAAAAAAUCGAAGUCAAAACUGGAAGAGAAAAUAGAAGACUCUGCAACUGGAUCUGGCAUAGAACAUUCAGCUUCAGAUGUCGAACCCGGGAAAGAAGAGUCUUGGGUUUCAAUUAAGAAGUUUAUUCCCGGACGAAGGAAGAAAAGGUCAGAUGGGAAACCAGAACAGGCUGCUGUUGAAGAUACGAGGCCAACAGAGGUCAACGAGGAUGAUUCUGAUGUCCCAGCAGUGGUACCUCUGUCUGAGUAUGAUGCAGUAGAAAGGGAGAAAAUUGAAGCACAGCAGGCCCAAAAGAGCGAGGAGAAGCCUGAGCAAAAGGUAGCUGUUUCUGUGUCAGAGGAGCCAAGUACGAAUCUGGUUCAUGCUGUGACUGUGACUGUCAUUGACGGGGCAAGGGCUCUUAGCAAUGUUGAAGAAAGAUCACCCUCUUGGAUAUCUGCCUCAGUGACAGAACCUCUUGAACAAACAGAAGAUGAAGCCAAACCCCUAACUGAGGAGGUAUUCGAAGGGGAAGUCCUUGCAGAGGAACCCCGUGUUGUUACCAAAACUCUGCCUGAAGGUCCCGACACUGUUGACGACACAGUCGUCAGUGAGGUAGAGUUAACGUCUGACGCUGUGACAGCUGCAGAGACGACAGAGGCGCUUUGUGCUGAAGAAGUAGCAGAAGCAUCUGGUGCUGAAGAGACCACUGACAUGGUCUCAGCCGUUUCUCAGCUAACUGAUUCUCCAGUCACCACAGAAGAGGCGACACCGGUUCAGGAGGUGGAAGGCGGUGUGCCAGACAUAGAAGACCAAGAGAGGCGAACUCAAGAGGUCCUACAGGCAGUCGCAGAAAAAGUUAGGGAGGAAUCAUGGUUGCCCGACACCAGAGGGCCAGAAGACACGAUGCAGACAGUGCAGGAAGUAGGAGCCAAAAUAUCGGAGGAGGUCGAAGUGGAAGAGGAUUCUCAAGGGCUGGAUCUGAAGAAAGAGACGGACGUAGUGCUGAAAGUACACAUCGAAGAAACUGAGCCUGAAACUUUGACACAAGGGAAAGUGAUUGUACAGGCCACCCCAGAAAGCUUUGAACAAGUUCCUCAAGUCACAGACAGUGUAGAGUCAAGUGAGCUUAGAACCACUUGUCCAGCUGAGACCUUAGUUGAGGCAAAAUCAGAUUUUAUUCUAGAACAGGCUGUUGCUCCUGACUCAGCUGAAACCCUUACUGACAGUGAGACCAACGGAAGCACCCCAGUAGCAGAGUUUGAAGCUCUAAAUAUAACACAGCAAGAGAAGCUGACAGAAAUCCACGAAGAUCCCGAGGUUGCCUCUGAUAUGCAGUCACAGGUCACCAAAGCAGGGGCGGUUCCUACACCAGAGCAGAUGCCUCCAGCACCUUCUAGUUUUCAAUCCCAGGAAGACGAUCCAGGACAUUCAAAAAUGGAAGAGGUUCUAGAACAUACAGAUGAGGAGGUAUCAGUGGAAGCUAUACCCAUUCUUUCAAAGACUGAAGUAACGGAAGAGGAAGGCCAAUCUACCGACCAGGAAACCAAAGACAAACCUCUUGUCGAGGGCCCCGAGGGGUCUGCAGACACGGAAACAACAGUCAGUCAGAAAGACACCGUGGAAGUUGUUGCCCUUGAAGAUGAGGUUACUAAAGAACCUGAAUUUCAGAAGACUGAUAGUAUUGAACUCCAGAGCCACACACCGUCUCCUCCAACCCAAGUGGAGAAAGAGAUGGCAGUUGAAGUAGAAAAGGAGGUAACAGAAGCAGAGCCAACCCAAGCGAGUGAAGAGAAACUUGAGCAAAAAGCAGCUGUGACAGUUUCUGAGGAGCUUAGUAAGCAACUGGUGCAGGCAGUGAGCGUGGCUGUCAUCGACGGGGAAAAGGAGGUUACCAGUUUGGAAGAAAGUUCUCCUGAGCUAGCUCAAGAGGACAUGGCAUACACAGAAACUCAAGCUCAAAGCUCUGAGCCAUCAUUAACUCUAACAGCUGCAGCAGUGGAUGAGAAGGUCUUGGGAGAAACUGUUAAGAUUCUAGAAACACCUGAAACUUUGGAAUCUGCAGAUGCACAUUUAACAGCAGAAGAAGCAGCCUGUGAAAAAGACAAGGACCUCACUGCUCAGCCAGGGGAAGACCAGAUGCCCCCAGGGAGAGAAUCUCAGCUGGAAUCAGUACUGGAAACUGUAUCCGCCACACCUGAAAGAGGCAUCGUUGCUGACCUGGAAGGAGACAGAACCACACCACAGAAAUGGGCCUCUGAGGAAGAACAGCCGGCUGGUUGCCAGGAAGCCCAAGGAGAAGAUGAACCAAGCAAGAAAGAUUCCAAGGCUGAAAGCGAGAUUUUGAAACUGGAGACUGAGAGCAGUAAACUUGUACAAAAUGUGAUCCAGACAGCUGUUGACCAGUUAGUAAGUACUGAAGAAACUGCCACUGAUUUCCAGACACAGGCUCAGCCGACAAAGGCUGCCACCCAGGAAGCUCGACAGCCAAUUGAGGAGGAAGAAAGGGCCCUUCAGAUCUCUGCACAGGACGAAACACAGACCGCUGCAGUCGAAGAAGAACCCACCGUAACCGCUGUGGACCAGACCCACUCGGGCGUGUCCAAAGCUGUAAGUGAAGCAUCAGAAGAGAUCCCAGCUGCGGAGGUAGAACGUUCCAGUGGAAGUGACCAGCAGCCUGAAGAGGCAGUUCUCCCAUCUGAGGAAAAGAAAGAAACAGGUGGAACAGAGUCUGUUCCAGAAGGUGGUGAUCGUGCCAAGUUAAGAAAAAGGAUAGAGGAGUCGCUCUGUGAAUCCCAGGAAGAUGAAAAAGAUGAUGCUGUCGAUGAGCCUGAGAGCUGCCACUCAGCACUGGAAGAUUCUGAGGCCUCAAUAGGCUUAACCAAAGGGUCCCUGGACACAGAUGGACCAACACCAAAAGAGAAGGAAAGUGGCCAGGAAGUAGAAUUGCAGGAAGCCAAAGCCCUCGGUGAGUCAGAAGAGGAGAUCAAAACCCAAACACCAGAAGAGACACAGAAGCAAGAAGAAGAUCCGGCAAAAUCCGAACCCACAGGAUCCUAAAACAUCAUUUCUGCCCCGCGUGUUUGCAAAACCAGAAUGUGAAGCCGGGCAGUAGGAGGGAAUGAACGCUGCUGACGAGACUCACGACCAGUAUUUCAGACUCCGAAGCGCAGAACAGGGCCAUGGACCCACCUCCUCUCUGAGGCACCUGGACAACCCCGAGGCCGCAUCGGGAGCUACAGCCAUUUACCGUUUCCUCUUUGCAGGGCCGCCCGGCUCUCCCCUCCAUGCCAUCUAAGCUUUCUGAUUUAAGGCCCUCAACUCUUCACCCGGAACUGGAGUUGGCUUUACCUAGUUCUGCUUCUCAAACUGGAGUACCAUUCCUUAUGUAUUUAUAUGUAUGUUUUAAGUAACCUUCCUGUAUCUAUUGUAUAUUUUUUUUUCCUUAAUGAUGGAGGAAAUGUACAGUAUGGUGCAUUCCUUUUGUAUCACGCAGGAUGUAGGGGGAAGCUCUAAGCGUCAGCUGUAACCUGUGAAGACAGCUUCCUAGAAACAACAUUCCUGAUCAGAAGCUACAGUUCGGACUUUCAAAUCCACUAAGGGUCGAGUCCAUGUUUCAUACUGCUCUCCAUGGUCACUUUCCUACUAUGCACAGUGUGCUAAAAAUAAAAAGCUUUUUGGGGGAGACACACACAGAAUGUUCCAUUGUUACUGUGAAAUUUUUCUUUCUAGCCCAGUGGGGGUUGGAAGGGAGUUUUUUCCAGUAGCAGAUUAACUUUAAGCCUUUUCUCUGAAUUGGUGUGGCCAUUUGGACAGAUGAGUGCACUCGAAUCCCAAGGCAAAGUAGUGAAAUGUUUUUCAUCUUAACAAAAAAUAAUGGACUAUUUUAAGUUUUCUAUUCUACUCUUAUAUGCUGGACCACAUUCACACACAGCAUGAAGUAAGCCAGGUUCUUUACAGAUGGUAUUUUGCUAGAUACUGGAUUAUGUCUGUGCCAUUUUUGUGCCCACUCUUUUAAGGACAAUGUUGCAUUAAGUUCAUUUGGAUAAACUGUGAUUUGACAACUGAUUUAAAUAAAAUAUUUGUUUGCUUCACUUA